AUGUUCGAGCUUUUCCUACUUGCAACGGCCACGCUGCUAGUCUCGUAUCUCUACGCAAGGCUGAGAUAUUGGCGUUUCACACAAUAUGUGCAUAUCUCACAGUUGCCGAACCACCUUCUUUGGGGACAUCUCAAGGUCUUUGGCGAAUUCAUGUAUUGCGGAAUUCUCGACCGCCACCCAGAUAGAAUCUUCGAAGAGAUGUGGGAAUCUAUAGGACGCCCUCCUAUAAUGCUUAUAUCAAAGCCUACCAAGCUUUUCCCUCUGAGCGUGCCUAAGUCACCAACUUGGACCCAUAUGGUUCCUCUCAUAGGUUCAACAUCAAUCUUAGGUAGAGAGGGUUCACGACUCAACACCUGUGGAACCUCUUACCCCUUUUUCUUACCCCUUUUACUCGAGAAAAUGGAAACAUUCUGGAACCGCCUGGAUCAGCUCAUAGUAUCAGGGGAAGAAUUUUCCCUCGAGACGCUUAUAUCUAACUUAACGUUUGAUGUCAUUGGUGCCGCCGUACUAGCAGUCGACCUGCAUGCUCAGCAUAUAGAUCCUUCUAAGCAAGGCGAGAUAAUCCGUUUAUUCAGGCAACUCCUGGCUAAGCGCAUCGAUAUACUGAUCAAGAAUAUAAUACAACAUAAGUAUGCCGAAUUGAAAGAAGAGGUAGACGGAAACAGACGGCAGAGCAUCGUCGCGCUGGGUUUACAAGAAUCCGAAGCACUGACGCCCCAACUUGUAUCGGAAACAUCAGAUCAAGUACGCAGUUUUCUAUUUGCAGGCCACGACACAAACACCAGCGCGCUGCAGUGGGCUUUCUACGAGCUGAGCCACACGCCCCGCGCACUCAAGGCUAUACGAGACGAAUCAGACCCUCGAAUAAUAUGUGCUACGCUCGUGCAUAAGGGCGAUAGCCUCCUACUGCGCAUGCACUAUAUCAAUGCUGUCAUCAAGGAAACGCUCCGCCUACACCCGCCUGCUGGUACCGUUCGAAUGACGGAGCCUGGGACCGGCUUCACAGUUCGUGCAGCUACCGGCGAGGAGUACUGCCUUGACGGUCUCAUAAUGUAUUCGUGCCAGAGCAUUAUACAGCGGGAUCCGAAUGUCUAUGGAGACACUGCGGAUGACUGGCAUCCUCCUAGUGCAUGGAGGCCGUUUGAGAGAGGGCCGAGGGCCUGUAUCGGUUCGGAACUCGCGAAUCUUGAAUCACGCGUCAUAAUUGCCAUCGUGGCUCGUAAAUAUGACUUUAUCAAGACAGGCUUAGGUGAAAGCGCCCUGGAUGAGAACGGUCUUCCUAUGCUAAAUGGAAAGGGCCAAUAUAAAUCCAAACCAGAAUUAUAUAACGCGAGUCAAAAACUAGAAUAA